AUGAGCUCCACGGCUUGUGCUACCGGAAAGAAGGACAGCAACAGUUCCCGUCCAGGAAGACACCCGACAUCUUCUCGCUCCAGUCUGGCAAGGCCAGAAGCUGUUAUUUCAGCAUCUUCCUAUUCGCGAUCUCUUCCCAAGAAGCGAGCCCGCGCUCAGAGUGAGUCUUCUGUUCCAGUUCAGCUUUUUCACGUCGAGAAUCUGCCUUUUAACGUGUGUCUCAGCACCUAGUUCUUGGCGAUUCCGCUUCCUUCCAAAAGUCCGAUUCUUCUUGAAAAAGAAAGCGUAUUGGUCACGUCAAGGCUUAAAAAAAGACAAUUUUUUAAUUUUAUUCUUUUUUAGGAGACAGAACUCGCGAAGAAAGCGAUGAAUUUACGGACGAGGAGGAGGCGCCGCCUGUGAAACGGGCUCCGGGAAGGCCGACAUCGUCGAGAAGAUCAGAUCUUGUAAGAACGUCGAAUGCGGGUGCCACAUCAAAUGUUCGCCGCGUUCAAUUCGAAGAUCAGACGGACGAGCCCACCGACGAUGAGGCGUCAACUCCCGUGAAGCGAGACGGAAAAUUCAAGAAGAAUCAGAUGUUGAUCAACAAUGAGACCGGGGAGUCCAGCAGAAGAUCAGUCGAAAACAUUGAUGCGGCUGAUUCCAGUGCCAACCAUAUCGCCGACGAGACGAUCAGCGAAGCAGCGGAGGAUCGAGCGGCAAGAAAAGCCAGAAGAGAGUUGUCAGUUCAAGAGGGAAAAGCAGUUCCAGUUCCGCCGGAAGCCCGCAUCGUCAACACUGAUCCGAAUCAGAUCCCGCCGUUCUUCCGCAACAAGAAGGGAAACGUGCUCGGCGGUCUUUCGCUGGAGGCUAUUCAAUCGCUCACCCCCAUGGCCCAGCUCCUGCUGAUUACAAACCAGAAAGAUGCACUCGCGUGGGCUGGUUGGAAGAAUAAAUUCAAUGACUAUCGUAACAAGGUCAAGAAGAUAGGUAACGGAGCGUUCGGAGAGGUUUUCAAUGCUCCUCCUCGAUUUUCCCACAUUGGCGAAUCCGUCUUGAAGAUCGUUCCCUUUGAGCCGGACGGCAACAACCGGAUCUACCGAGGUCCGUACCAUGCCGUCAUGCAGACAGCGGAAGAGAUUCUUCCUGAAGUAAUCAUCUCGCGGGAGUUGAAAAAAGUCGCAAACGAUAAGCAGAACGCAACAUUUGCUUUCGUAACUCCGAAACGAGUGGAGGUGGUGAAGGGAACGUAUCCGCAAAGAUUGAUCGAUUGCUGGACCGCGAGUGAUGCCAUCAAGCCGUGCGGUAACACUUCGCCUGCUGUUUACAGCCACCCGGACCAGCACUACAUUAUUUUCACGUACGAUGUAGCAGGGCGCGAUCUCAACAACAUCAAAUUAAAGUCGAUCGAUGAGGCGCAUGCGAUUGUCGUGCAGGUCAUUCUGGCGAUGAUUGUUGCGGAGAAAAAUCUGCAGAUGGAGCAUCGUGACUUGCACAUCGGGAAUAUUUUAAUUAGCUCGACAAAAGGACAAUAUGAGCGUUUCAAACUGGAUGGAAACGAGAUAUUCGUGCGCACACAUGGAGUGAAGCCACAAAUUAUCGACUUCACUUUGAGUCGUAUCAAGACCGGUGAGUUGGACUAGUCUGGUUUUGCGUUUCAAAUUUUUUUCAUUCCAGAAGCUUCCAUUGUCUACUCGGAUUUCAAUACGAGCCCGCAUUUCUUCAACAAGGACGUUAAUCCUGUCUACAGACAGAUGAGGACCGUGAACAAGUGAGUGGAACGUGGAAACCUAGUAAGCUAAUCAUUACGCAUUUUAGGGGAGAAUGGGCGGUGUUCCAUAAGAAAACCAACCUACACUGGAUCGCGGCCCUCGUGAAGGCAAUUGCUCAGAAGCAGCCGUGCUUCAACGAUCCGGAUCUCAAACAGGUAGGUUAAACAUAAUUUAAGUUGGUGAGAUUCAUUGAGAACCUUUUUUUUCAGAAAUUCAUGACGUUCCAUAGGAAACUGUCGAAAUUCGAAUGUCUUGAGGCUACCUGGAAUGAUCGCACAUUCUUCAACGAGUUCUAUCACGGCCAUAUUCUCACCGCCGACAAUCAAAUUAUGGAAAUUUAA